AUGUCCCUUUCCGUGGGCCAUCCCCGUGGGUGUUCAGCAGUUCCCGAGGCCGAUCUCCUAAAGGCUUUUUCAGCACUUUCGAUGUAUCGGGAGCACAGGGCUGAUUCUUUGAAUCAGUAUGAUUCCGGCUGUGACGACUCUCUCCAGUCUCUGAAUCGCUUUGAUGAGCUUCUAAAUUACCUCCUGCAUCUCCAGGAGGGACCAGCAGCCGGGCUGACACACUUGCCUGGCACGCAAGAAACGACUCGUGAGCGUGCAGUGAGUGAAGAUGCGGACAAUGGAAUCUGCAGCAGCGAUGGCAGAGUGAGGGAGCCCCUGGAUCCCCAGGCCACAUCAGCAACCGGCCAUGGGCACAGAAGCAUCCUCAGAAGAUUUCUGGGCGAGUGGUUCAGCUGCCAUCCUGGGGUUAUCUUGGUGCUGAUCCUGCUCCUGUUGCUGGUGCUGGCGUUGGCGGUGGCCUUGGCUGUGCAGUCAGCAACACAGGCUCCAGUUCUACCUGCGACUCCGCUGCUGAUUUUGGGCUGUCCCCCUCGCUGGGUUGGAUACAAUGGACUCUGCUACUACUUCUCAAAGGAUUACAGCACCUGGGAUGAGGCUCAGGAGCGGUGCUCGGAGCUCGGGGCCUCCCUGGCCAUUGUCAAGGAUGAGGCAAUGGAUUUGCUCUUCCGCCUCGGCGGGAACGGCGAUUACUGGGUGGGGCUGCGCAGAUGGGGCGAGCACCUGCAGUGGGGGGACGGCAGCAGCUUCAGCUCCUCGGUUCCUGUCCUGGGCAAUUCCGAGUGUGUGUACCUGGCUGAGGAGAAAUUCAGGAGUGUGAUCUGCUCGAAUCCGCACCCGUAUCUCUGCAGCAAGCCCCGAGCUCCCCUGUAACAGGGGCUGGAGAAAGGAGCUUCUCCACGCUGGGCAGUCCCAGCUUCACCUCUCAGCCCAGCUCAGGGCUGGCCUUUCUCAGCUGCACCCUGUGCCUUGCACUUGCUCUCAGGGUCACCUCAGUGCCUGUUCAUCCCCCCUGCCAGCGCUGGGCUGGCUGUUCAAAGGAAAAGUCUCUGCAAUCCAUCCUGCCAGCCGUGCUAGCUGGAGUGAGGGGAUUGCCCUCAGUGCACAACAAGCUCUGGUUGAAGAAUGGUCUCUCUCUCUGCCUGUGUCUCUGUCUGUCUAUCUCUCUGUCUGUCUUUUUGUCUGUUGUGAAGGAUCUAACUGCUCUGCUGGAGGAAAGCCAGGGUGGAGCAGGACAAGGAAUACUCUCCCUGAGGGGGAAGCAGACACACGAUGUGACUGUAACCCCCAUCCCUUUGUGGUGCAGUGUGUGAAACAGAGAAUUCUUCAGAGUGAGAUCAGAGUGCAGGGAUUCAAUUAAAACUUUUAAACAGAUUACUGUAUAUUAAGCCAGUCAUAUAUGAAACAGAGAUGUGAGCUUCUAUUUUAAGUAUGCAUGUAAGUUGAUAUUUAUAUAAUUUUUAUUUGUAUUAUUCAUAUUACCUUUUUACUGCCUUAAGAAUAAAAGACAUAGAAUUCAGCGUUAAAAAAAAGUUUUACUGAGAACUUAGAAACAAAAAUAAAUCUCAAAAACAAGUCUCAGUGAAAGGUUAAAAACCAUAUUUUAGACCAAAAAAAAAAAAAAAAAAAGAAUAAUGCUUGCAUUUUUCUGAUAGAACAGAUAAGCUAUAUAUGCAGAUUCUAUGUAAAUGAUUGUAUUAAAAAAUUAGAAAUCUGAGAGUUUUAAAAGAAAUGUUUCAGAUUCGUGUUUUUAACUCACUGGAUAAUUUGUAAAUAAAUGAAUGCAUUGGUGAGAGACUCUCUCUCUUUCUCUCUUUCUCUCUCUCUUUCUCUCACCACCAUCAUCAUCAUCGAGAAGACAGGAGCUGUGGCUGCAACUUCAUCCCUCUAGGGGCCUUGAACCAAAACUGCUUCUGCUUCUAAUGGGGGCUUUACUUCUAUUUGGGACUCUAUACUGAAAGCUUUUAGUACUGACUUGAACACUUGGGACUCUGUGCCUUUUGAGAGUACUGUACCUUUAAAAUAAAAAAAUUUUUA